UAUACUUCCCAUUUUCACAUAUUAAUGCUGCGAAUAAUGAAACAACCGGUAGUUGGAUCCUCCUUUCUUUCUUGGACUGUCUCCCUAAGAAGGGUAGAUAGAGAUAAUAUGGAGCUCAAGCGCAGACCCUUAAUGUCUUUCUUACAGAAAGAGACCUGCACAGUCUUCUCAUAUUCUCCACUUUAAGCUCUCACUCUAUCAUUAUCUCUUAUUCUUCGUGUGUGUGUAUAUAUAUAGACAUUACUAUCACAUAUCAUUAUAGAUACAUACAUUAACUACUCUGAAAAUUAACUUGUCUCAAUAACUCUCUCUCUCUCUCUCUCUCUCUCUCACCUUACUGUAGUAAUGGCACCAAAGAAGAGUAGUGAGUCAUCUACUAAAAAAUUUAUGAACAAAGGAGCUUGGACUGCUGAAGAAGAUCAAAAACUGGCUCAGUAUAUUGAAGUUCAUGGUGCUAAGAGAUGGAAAACCAUUGCCACUAAAGCAGGUUUGAGCCGAUGCGGGAAGAGUUGUAGAUUGAGAUGGUUGAAUUAUUUGAGACCUAAUAUCAAGAGAGGCAAUAUUUCAGAUGAAGAAGAAGACUUAAUUCUCAGACUCCAUAAGCUACUGGGCAACAGGUGGGCAUUGAUUGCCGGCAGACUUCCUGGGCGAACAGACAAUGAAAUAAAGAAUUACUGGAAUUCUCAUUUGAGCAAGAAAAUAAAUAAGGAGAAAAAACCUGAAUCUUCGCUACCAGAAGAAAAUUCGCAAGAAAAGACUUGCGAUACUAUUCCUACUACUCAUCAGGUAAUGGAAGAAGGCAUUAAAGAAGAUGCACUCCCUGAUAUUACCUUGGAUGAAAAUGAGCUCUUCAAUUUCUCGACCCAAGAAUCGUUUGAUUUGGAGUGGGUGAGCAAAUUUCUUGAAGUUGAUGAGGAUCUAUGGCUCACUGAAAAUAGCUGAAAGUCAAUAUGCAACCAAAUCAAAGAAACUGCGAGCUUUGUUCAUUGCAAACCCUUUAUAGAGUUUAGUUUCUUCAGCACUUUCCAGCAGUAAGUCCUUUCAGAAUCCUUUACAUCUUUUAAAAGCCUGAUCAAAUUAAGCUUUUCAGAUUUUGAACCUUACAAUAUAUAAUUUGUACUUCAUUUUUUUUUUUUUAUCAUAAUCAAUCUUCAGCACGAAAUAUUUAUUC